CCCCGCUCUUCUGCCUGGCGGGAGCCCAGAAGCUCGGGGAUGGCUCGGCGCCCCACGCCCUGCAGCUCUGCUUUCACCGGGACCCAGGAGUCCAGGGUGCAGCCCCCGCGGGGAGACCCCGGGAGAAACGUGGGGUUUAUCGUUGACCGCGUGAAGGGUGCACCCCCAGGGGAUGGGGUCCUCCGGCUGACCGGCUACCACCGGGACACGGGGCAGGUGAUCAACACCAGGAGCUCGGGAAUGACCUUCUCCACCACGCCCGUGAGAUCCAGCAUUAAACAGGGCUACUUCCUCUUCGGCGAGCAGGAGGUGACGUUCCCAGACCUGCUGCCGCAGGAGGACAUGGUCCUGAUCACCCGCUUUUACCACUGGCCCAGCGGCAGCGUGGCCACGGCCCCGUGGGACGCGGGCUCUGCAGGGGCCCAGCUGCUCCUGGAGCGCGACGCCUGGCUGGCCGCGUGGGCCGUCCUCGGCUUGACCGAGCAGGGGAGGAAAGGGGACCGGGGGGCAGCUGUCUGGAGCACGGGGACCCAUGACCUGACCCUGUAUCACGGCCCCGUGCCUCCGGCCCGUGCGCUCGCAGUGCUGCCCGAGGAGCGACAGCACCGCAGCUGGGAGCCGUACGGCGGUGCCACUGUGAGGCUGCACGUCUUCAGUGGCGAGAAGCCGGAGCUGCCUUUCCCCCCGGAGACCCCGGUCGCGCUCGGCCGCGUGCUUACCUGGCCCCGCGCUGCCUUCAUCCACCACGUCAGAGACACGCCAGCCACGAAGCCCUUCGGCGCCAGGGAUGGCUUCCGCCUCUGCAUCGACGGGGCCCGCUACCUACCGGACGCCGCCACGAUCAGCCGCGUCGCUGGCCGCAUCCUCGACAGCAGCUACCGCCAAAUCGGGCCGGACAUUUCCACGGGGAUCGACCUGAACAGCAGCAUCUUCGAGCCGGUCUACAACUACAGCCUGGACAUCCGGGGCCUUGCGGUGCCGCCGUCCGCCACGCUCCUGCUGAAGCUCUACUCCGUGGACAGGUUCAGCCGCCGGCUCGUCCUCCUCGGCUGGGCAGCGCUCAACCUCUUCGUGCAAGUCGGGACGUGUAAAGCCCCCCCGGCCGACUCUGCGAGGAGCCGGGUCUCCCUGAACGACGGCGCCCACCAGCUGCGCCUGUACCACAGUGGCCCCGACACCACCCAGCCUCUCUCCGCGGACACCCUCGGGGCCGGCGGACGGUACGUGCCGUGUGCCAGCCUGCUGGUCCGGCUGCUCGCAGCCCCCCGGGAGUCCGCAGUCCUGGAAGGGAGCGUGGCGGCGCCCUGGGAAGACCUCGUCCAGCCCCGGCCCGACUACGCUGACGGGGUUUAUUACUCGGACACAGCCAGGCCCACUGCCGGGGAGAGCUGCCUCUUCUCCGCGCUGGCAAACAGGUCUGCGGUACUGGUUCGGGAGAUCGUCCCCCAGCUCAUUGGAAACCAAGGCCCGGUGCCACGGACGGACGAAGACAUCGUUGCAUGGAUUGCCCAGAAGCUGAGCAGGACGCCAGACAGCAGCCCUCAGCCCUUCAGCCUCACCUACGUCUCCCGCUACCUCCCUGCCUGCGGCAUACAGGUCGCGGUGGACGGCGCCUGGAACCUGCCCUGGUCCGGCUUGACGCUGGCUCAUUUCUGCUUCAACCCACCCGGCGCGUUUUACUUCGGGAGACGAUGGCUGAAGUACGAUCGUCCCGUCUUCCUGGAGGUGCUCGACCUCGACAGCUACCAGAAGUGGCCCGCGUGGCUGGACGGGUUCAAGGCAAGCAUCACCUGUACACGGGAACGGAGGGGGGAAAACAAGGUCAUUUUGCUAGUUCGCUCUCACCCCCUACAGCUCAACCUCCAAGCAUAGUUCGAGCCAGCACCCACCUUGAAAAGGCCCCAAUCCUGGAGGCACAGGGGUGGAAAGCCAGUCGACUGGGGGC